ACCAGCCGGUGCGUGGGGGACCCGGGGCCGGGGCUGUCUCACUCCGGCCUAACCCCGCGGCCCUCUCUGCCGGCCUGGGGGCAUGCUCCGGACCCUCCCGCCGCUCCAGCACCGACACCCCUGCCUCAGGUCUCGGCCCCCGCGCGGGGCCCCGGCCUUGCUGCGGGAGGGAGCGGCCGGAUGGAGCGGAGGAUGAAAGGCGGAUACUUGGACCAGCAAGUGCCCUACACCUUCUGCAGCAAAUCGCCUGGAAAUGGGAGCCUGCGCGAAUCGCUGAUGGUCCCGCAGGGGAAGCUCAUGGACCCCGGCUCCCUGCCGCCCCCCGACUCAGAAGAUCUCUUCCAGGAUCUAAGUCACUUCCAGGAGACCUGGCUUGCUGAAGCUCAGGUACCAGACAGUGAUGAGCAGUUUGUUCCUGAUUUCCAUUCAGAAAACUUAGCUUUUCACAGCCCCACCACCAGGAUCAAGAAGGAGCCCCAGAGUCCCCGCACAGACCCGGCCCUGUCCUGCAGCAGGAAGCCGCCACGCCCCUACCACCAUGGCGAGCAGUGCCUUUAUUCCAGUGCCUAUGAACCCCCCAGACAAAUCGCCAUCAAGUCCCCUGCCCCUGGUGCCCCUGGCCAGUUGCCCCUGCAGCCUUUUCCCCGGGCAGAACAACGGACUUUCCUGAGAUCCUCUGGCACCUCUCAGCCCCACCCUGGCCAUGGGUACCUCGGGGAGCACAGCUCCAUCUUCCAGCAGCCCCUGGACAUUUGCCACUCCUUCACAUCCUCUCAGGGAGGGGGCCGGGAACCCCUCCCGAUCCCCUACCAGCACCAGCUGUCGGAGCCCUGUCUGCCCUACCCCCAGCAGAGCUUCAAGCAGGAAUACCACGACCCCCUGUACGAGCAGGCAGGCCAGCCGGCCGGGGGUCAAGGUGGGGUCAGUGGGCACAGGUACCCAGGGUCAGGGGUGGUGAUCAAACAGGAGCAGACGGACUUCGCCUAUGACUCAGAUGUCCCUGGGUGUGCCUCAAUGUACCUUCACACAGAGGGUUUCUCUGGGCCCUCUCCAGCUCCAAGCGAUGGGGCCAUGGGCUAUGGCUACGAAAAACCUCUACGACCAUUCCCAGAUGACGUCUGCGUAGUCCCUGAGAAAUUUGAAGGAGACAUCAAGCAGGAAGGGGCUGGAGCUUUCCGAGAGGGGCCACCCUACCAGCGCCGGGGCGCCUUGCAGCUGUGGCAGUUUCUGGUGGCCUUACUGGAUGACCCAACAAAUGCCCACUUCAUUGCCUGGACGGGCCGAGGGAUGGAGUUCAAACUAAUUGAGCCUGAGGAGGUUGCCAGGCUCUGGGGCAUCCAGAAGAACCGGCCAGCCAUGAAUUAUGACAAGCUGAGCCGCUCACUCCGAUACUAUUAUGAAAAAGGCAUCAUGCAGAAGGUGGCUGGCGAGCGCUACGUGUACAAGUUUGUGUGUGAGCCCGAGGCCCUCUUCUCUCUGGCUUUCCCCGACAAUCAGCGUCCAGCUCUCAAGGCAGAGUUUGACCGGCCAGUCAGUGAGGAAGACACAGUCCCCUUGUCCCACUUGGACGAGAGCCCUGUCUACCUCCCAGAGCUGGCUGGUCCUGCCCAGCCUUUUGGCCCCAAGGGUGGCUACUCCUACUAG